AUGUUUCGCCUUCCCGAUCCGCGCAUCGCGCAUCCGUUUCGCCCCAACCACAUCCCAAUAGCUGCGACUGAGCUUCUCUGUCCCCGCUGUGCCUUGCUGCACAUCCCCGUACUCCCGGUGCCUUGCAACGCAUCCCCGUCCCCCCUGUGCCUUGCAACGCAUCCCCGUCCCCCCUGUGCCUUGCAACGCAUCCCGCGUCCCUCCUGUGCCGUGCUGCGCGUCCCCGUUCCCCCUGUGCCGUGCUGCGCAUUUUUCUCCCCUGUUUUCCCCCCUUCCUUGUCGCGCUUCCCCGUGGUGGCGUUCGUGGGCGACUCGUUUUCGCGCAACGUGCAGCAGGCCAUCGCGUGCGAGCUGGGCGUGGACGACCACGUGGAGCCGUGGUCGGGGUGGCUGGGCGGCACACUCGUGUCGGGGCUGGCCGUGCCGCGCUACAACCUCAAGCUCGUGGCCGUGGUGGCGCCGUACCUGGUGCGCUACAGCAACCAGGACUGGGCGUUCAGGCAGUAUGGGCUGCGGCCGGGCGAUGGCAGCCGCUACGUGGUGUGGCUGGACCACAUGGACGACCAGUGGGCGGCCGUGCUGCAGCACGUGGACCUGGCUGUGUUCAUGUCGGGCCACUGGUUCCUGGACAAGCAGGGCGCCGAGGCCGUGCGCUCCACCGUGUAUGUGGCCAACAACCGGGUGGUGCGGUUGAGCGGCAUGAGCGCGUACCGCGCCGCCAUCCGCAGUGUGAAGCGGUUCGUGACCGUGGAGCAGAGGUACCGUGGCGUGCCCAUGUGGCUCACCUACUCCCCCUCCCACUACUCGAGAGGUAACCCCCCCACAUGCCGCCACACCACACCCAUAUCUACGAAGAGAGUUCAAACCAUGGUGGCCCGUGACAUCUCCACAGCUUUCAGAAGGCUGGAGGUGAGGGAGCUGAAGAAGUCACCCUUUCGAAUAAUCGACAUCACCCGCAUUUCCCUCUUCCGCCCAGAUGCACAUGUGAAGCGUUUCUAUGGAGCCAAGACAAACAGCAAAACAAAGUGGGACUGCACCCACUGGUGUUUACCUGGACUUCCAGACGUCUGGGCCGACAUAUUCCAGUUUGUUCUCAAAACGCAAUUGAGACGACACAAGAAGUAA